CAAUGAUCCAAAGCAUCGGUCCAAAAUGGCGCAGGAAUGGCUUAAGGGCAAUGAAGUUAAGGUUAUAGACUGGCCAGCAUACUCUCCUGACCUAAAUCCAAUCGAAAACAUGUGGUAUUUCGUCAAAUGUGAGCUUGCUAAGUAUGAUGAACCGCCUAAGGGUAUGUUGGAACUUUGGGAGCGUGUAGAGCAUAUAUGGAACAACAAAAUUGACAAGGACAUGUGCUUAAGAUAUAUUAACUCCAUGCCAGAACGCAUACAAGCUGUAAUAAAAGCAAAAGGAGGCGAAACAAAAUAC